AUGCUAAAUCCUCGUUUGGUUCCAUUGUUACUCUUUUUCUUUUUCCCCUGUUUUUUCGUUUCUUCAAUUCGAUUACCCGGUUUGGAUGAAGAUAAGCCCACGGUUGGAUCGGUUUUUGGAGGCUCUAAGGUGAAGUUUGAUCCUACACGUGUUACUCAGCUCUCGUGGAAUCCCAGGGCUUUUUUGUACAAGAAUUUUUUAUCUGAUGAAGAAUGUGAUCAUCUUAAAACUCUGGCUAAGGAUAAGCUGGAGAAAUCUAUGGUGGCGGAUAAUGUAUCUGGUAAAAGUAUACAGAGUGAAGUCCGAACAAGUUCUGGGAUGUUUCUCAGGAAGGCACAGGAUGAAGUAGUUGCCAAUAUCGAAGAGCGAAUCGCCGCAUGGACAUUCUUUCCCAUAGAGAACGGCGAGUCUAUACAAAUAUUGCACUACCAAAACGGCGAGAAAUACGAACCACAUUUCGAUUUCUUCCACGACAAGGCUAAUCAACUACACGGUGGCCAUCGUGUUGCGACCGUGCUAAUGUAUUUGUCUAAUGUUGAGAAGGGUGGAGAAACAGUUUUUCCUUACGCCGAGGGGAAGUUGUUGCAGCCGAAAGAUGAUAGCUGGUCUGAAUGUGCUCACAAAGGAUAUGCAGUAAAACCGCGGAAGGGUGACGCCUUAUUGUUCUUCAGUCUUCAUCUGAACGCAACUACAGAUGGUAAUAGUUUGCAUGGAAGUUGUCCAGUGAUCGAGGGUGAGAAAUGGUCUGCAACAAAGUGGAUUCACGUCGCCGACUUUGAGAAACCGAUACAUCAAGUUGUAGAUGACGGAGAGUGUGCGGAUGAGAAUGAGAAUUGUGCUGCGUGGUCUAAAGUCGGCGAAUGUGAGAAGAAUCCAACUUAUAUGGUUGGUUAUGAAGGAGUUAAAGGAAAAUGUAGGAAGAGUUGCAAUGUUUGCUCUUCUUAG